AUGUCAAAAAUUGAUCGCUCACGCUUUUUCUACCAACUACGCCAAAAGACAAAACAACGUCGUCUUAAACAUGCUCCGUUACAUAUGCGUCCUAAUCAUCAACAACAUGUACAAGAAAUUAAAAGAAAUAAUCAAGAGCAAAAAAGAGAAAAUAAAUUAAUUACCGCUAUAGUUGGUUCCUCAAUGGCUCGUAAUAUUUCAGUAAAAAACAUAGAAAGUGAAACCGAUGAGGUUCGUCUUAGAUUUAAAUCGGGCAGUGAUUGUGCUGAUGCUUUAGCUUGGUUGUUAUCAAGUGAUGGUCAACGUUUUAUGCUCAAUGUCAAUCAUUUGGUAUUUAUACUUGGCACAAAUGAUAUUCAUCGAGCAGGAGCUUAUGAAAGUAUUCGCCGUAUCGAUUAUACCAUUGACACGAUCAGACGUCUGUAUCCUGGUGUAAAGCAAGUAUGGAGGUAUCCUCUUGCCAUACUGUAUGGCAAUUACUUCAACGAAGAACAAGAAAAACUUGGCUUUUACCAGAGGGUUCAGCGGUAUUAA